CGCGCGGCGUUUCGUUCGGCGCAGACUGUUUCUCUUAAAUCAUCAAUUACUAUGAUCAGAUAAUUGAAAGACGGUUUUUUUUAUUUAAAAUAAUUUAACUUUUGAAGAAACAUAUUCGAUAUAUGUAUAUAUAAUUGAACUUCUUUGUCCGUCGCAGCACAAAGCACAUUACGUGUGCUUUAUUGAAAUAGCCAUCAUACAAAAGCAAAUAUAUAUGCAUAACUCGAUGAUAAGGAAAAUUUAAACGAUAUUUCGGACCUGUGCAUUAUAUUGGGAAUGCGUAAAACGCGACGAAAAAGUUGUGUAUUUGUUGGUUAGUCACAAAAGCAAGGAGCGAACACGUCAACUUCCUGAAUCAAAACCAUUCUUAAUUAAUGAGAACAAUUUUCGCUUGAAUCCCAGUGGUUAGAAAGAGAUUAUGGUCGAUUUGAAUAGGACUUCAAGUAUAUGUAUAAUAUUGAUAAGAUUCGAUCAGAGUGCGCUUUUGUCAAACACCUCAACUUACAGUAGAAAGAAAUCAACUGUAGAACAUUAAUUUCUGCACCGCUCACAAAAACAAGUGCGCUUGGACUUACGUUCUUUUGCUUAGUUCGGAAACUAUCGGACUCGAUGUAGUAGAUGUGGCGAUAUAAAUAUCUAUAAUCAAAUCAGUAAUGGAAGUGAGUCUUGAGAAUAUGAACCUGCAAUGUGUUUAUAAGGUGGCCUAAAAGUCAAUUAAAAAUAUAAAAGAUCCCAUUUUCAAGGUUUUCUCGGCGACAUUUUGAUAUAUAAUAACUUGUAACUUUGGAAAAUUAUGGAUAACUAAUACAUAACGGAAGGUUUUACAAAUGCAACAGACUGUGAGAUUAUUAAGCAAAAAUUAAACAGUGGUCAAGAUGAAGAUAUGCAAGUUUAUGGUUUUAAAAGAAGUUGGCCGAAAACUAUUUUCACGUUCAUUGCAUAUAUUCUGACCAUUGGUUGUGUUCGCCUUUUUUUCCACUGGUAUCCAUAUUUUCAUCUCCAUGCGAUGUACUCAAAGUGUGCAUUAAGUCAGGCAGUAAAAGUUCUUAUCAUUGAUGACUAUCAAGGAAAAUAUAAAUCAUAUUUCGUCAAGGAUGUUAAAAUUAUAUCAAUGUCAAACUUAAGCUCAAAUGCAUUAUCGACAUCAUGUAUUCCAAUAGAGAACGAUCAAUUAAUUCAAGGACUACAAGGUAAAGAUCUCAAAAUUAGUUUGUUAAAUGGCACGAAAACUGGAGUACCAGAAUACAGAGCUUUUUGGUGUAAAAAACUGUGUUACAUUUGGGAUAAUACAAGGUGUGAGUUUUCCAAACUUACUGGUCUCGAUUCAUACAUAAAUUGCUCAGAUCUUAAUAAAGAAAAGAAUGAUGGCCUUGCCCGAGAAGAGCAAAUACUACGACGAAUCGUUUAUGGCAACAAUGAAAUUCUUGUGCCAGUGCAGUCCAUUGGAGUUUUGCUCGUUCUCGAAAUCUUAAAUCCUUUUUAUAUUUUUCAAAUAUUUACUUUGGGAGUAUGGCUACCUGAAGGCUAUGUAUAUUAUUCAGUGGCAAUUGUUUGCAUGUCAGUUUUUGGUAUUGCAAGUUCGAUACUACAAACGCGGAAGAGUCAGACUAGUUUAAGAAAUACAGUGGCAUCGACCGAAACCAUCAAAGUAUUAAGACACAAUGGCGAGUUUGAGAGCAUUUCAAGUGUCGAACUUGUUCCAGGUGAUAUAAUAGAACUGCCAAAACAUCACGGACUAAUUGUUUGCGAUGCGGUUCUUUUAUCUGGCACUUGCAUAGUGAAUGAAUCCAUGCUUACUGGCGAGUCAGUUCCAGUCACAAAAACUCCACUUCAACCUCAACCAGUGUUGUACAGCUCGAAAGAGUUUCCACAUAACACGUUAUUUUGUGGCACUACUAUUAUCCAAACAAAAAAUUUUGGCGGAAAGCCUGUUCUUGCUAAAGUAAUUAGAACUGGCUUGCUAACAAACAAGGGUUCACUGGUAGCUGCUAUACUGUAUCCGCCACCGGCUGAUUUUAAAUUUGAUCAAGAUUCGUACAAAUUUAUGGGUAUACUUGCUGUAGUAGCAUUAGGCGCAUUUCUUUACACCGUAAUUUCAAAGGCCACGAAAGGAAUUCCAGCUUUAAGUAUAACAUCAAAGGCUCUGGAUAUAAUCACAAUCGUCAUUCCUCCAGCCCUUCCAGCCGUGAUGACAGUAGGGAAAUUGUAUGCUCAGUCGCGGCUUAAGCGCCAAAAGAUUUACUGUGUUAAUACUAGAGCAAUCAAUGUAUCCGGGAGUAUCAACUGUGUUUGCUUCGAUAAGACUGGUACGUUAACGGAAGACGGUUUAGACAUGAUGGGAGUGGUAAAAAAUGAUAACAACAGUCUUAGUCAACCGGAGAAGUGCUCGUCGACGCUUCGGAAUCAUCGGAUAUUCGAAGGGAUGCUGGUAUGUCAUAGUCUCACCAUCAUCGAAGGCGAGCUCAGUGGCGAUCCACUCGAUGCCAAGAUGUUUGAAAGCACCGGCUGGACGUUGGAAGAGCCAGAAAUAGAGGAAUUGAAAGAAAUCAACGAACUGCAAGCCAUGGCGGUGAUCAAGCCGCCGAAGAACGAAAUUCUUACCGAGAACAUGAACACAUUUUCUGAAAUCAGCAUCGUGCAGCAGUACCAAUUUUCCAGCACGUUGCAGCGCAUGUCCGUGAUAGCGCAGCGCCGCGGUUCCAACGAAUUUCGAGCUUAUACCAAAGGCUCGCCUGAAAUGAUCUUGAGCUUGAGCAAGCCAGACAGUAUUCCAAGUGACAUUGCAACCACCUUACAGAAGUACACAGAACAGGGCUAUCGAGUUAUUGCAAUUGGAUAUUCUGAAAUUGAUGCUGAUCAAACAGAGAUCCAGAAAACGUCAAGAGAAAUGGUUGAAAAAGAUUUGGAAUUUUUAGGAUUAAUUAUUUUAGAAAAUAGACUUAAGAGCCCUACUGUAAAAGUCAUUAAAGAAUUAAGAGAAGCUAAUAUACAAACCAUCAUGAUAACAGGCGAUAAUAUACAAACCGCAGUUAGCGUAGCAAAAGAAUGCGGAAUACUGUCGCACGAAGAGACUGUGAUAAAUGUAAAUAUAGUAGCUGGAAAUAAUAAUGUUAAGCCAGAUCUGUUUUUUAACAUUCAAAGUUUUUCGUCCAAAAACAAAGAAUUAUCAUCUACCACAUCGAGUAUUGAAUCGAUAGAACGUGGUUUAACGAGGGGCGACUAUAAAUUUGCUUUGACGGGAAUUACAUGGCAACUUUUACGGGAGCAUUAUUUUGAUAUACUGUCUAGAAUAUGCAUUAAAGGAGCAGUUUUUGCAAGAAUGACCAGUGACCAAAAGCAGCAACUAGUUGUCGAAUUAAUGCAACUAGGUUAUUACGUAGUAAUGUGUGGAGAUGGUGCAAAUGAUUGUGGAGCUUUAAGAGCAGCUCAUGUUGGUAUAUCACUUUCUGAAGCAGAGUCCAGCGUGGCCAGUCCAUUUACUUCUCGAAUACCCGAUAUAAGAUGUGUGCCAACAAUUAUACAACAAGGCAGAGCUGCACUCGUAACGUCAUUUGGGAUUUUUAAAUUUAUGGUCAAUUAUUCGUUGACUGAAUUUGUGUCUACUGUAAUUCUUUACUCCAUUGACUCGAACCUCGCAGAUUUCGAAUUCUUAUUUAUUGACAUUUUCCUUGCAGUCAAUUUUGCGUUUUUCUUCGGAAAGACGAAAGCUUACACGGGUAAGCUAAAUCGAACGCCGCCAAUGACCAGUCUUAUAAGUUUCGCUCCUCUUUUUUCUUUGGCCUCCCAAAUAUUCUUGAUAAUAACUUUUCAAGCUACUGCAUUUUACGGGGUGCAGCUUCAACCAUGGUUUACCCCGUAUCACAUGAAAGACGAUCAAAAUUAUAGCUGCUAUGAAAACUAUUCAGUAUAUUGCAUUUCGAUGUUUCAAUACAUGAUCUUGGCGGUGGUUUUCUCACGGGGCAAACCAUACAGAAAGCCCAUUUACACGAAUUAUACCUUUCUCGCGUCGUUAUUAACUAUGUUAGCUGUCUGUUUGUACAUAACUCUUAGUCCUGCUCAGUGGAUUGCAAAUUUGAUGCAGCUGAUGGUACCGCCAGUUUUCAAUUGGAGACUUGUAAUUUUAGGACUUGCUCUCAUCAACUUUGCAAUAUCUUUCUGCGUGGAGUAUGUUCUUGUAGAGUGGGCUAUUGAACGCAUGAUUAAAGUUCGAAUGCACAAACCAGAAAAAUCUAAAAAAAUGUAUUUGCGGCUACAGCAUGAUUUACAGCGAGAUCCGAAUUGGCCACCAAUCAGCAGCUUUAUUCCAGUAUUACCAAUAACACCAAGUGUAGGCCAAAUGCUGAAUUCAAGUAGAAAAGUUAGCAUGUGUCAAUUUUACAAUUCGCACCUAUCUUCUAGUGCAGAUGAGAGGCAGCCAAUUAAACAAUCACAAAUAGAGCAUAAUUCUGUAAACGAACAAAAAAAAUGUUUCGAUAAUUUAGCCUUUAUUGGCGACGAUUCUGUCACCAGUUAGUCUAACUAGUUAAUCAUUUGAAAAGAUGAAUACAGUUUAUAAUUUUAAGAAAAGCGUUUUUUGCGCACUAUGGUUCAAAAUAUAAAAUGUGAUGAUUUGCAUGCUUGGUUAUAUGCCAAGCAUUUAUUAGCGUUACUUAUUAUUAUUAUGUAAAAAAUUUGUAUUUUAGUUAUUAGUAAGUACUUAUAGCUCAAACUAAAUAAUUAUUUUUACCAAUAAAGACAUAUAAACCUUUUUUCUGUACUCAUAAGGAAUAAAGAAUGUUAUGAUAAAUGUACUCCAUGUAUUAUGUACGUGGGCAUAAAACUUUUCAGUUAAUUAAAAUUAAAAAAAAAAUGAUUUUAUUCAAAUCAUGUAGUCAGUUUAAAAAUUAUGUUUGAAAAUCAAAGGUUUUUUUUAUAAAUUUGUUGAAAUGUUUCUAUUCGAAUAAUAUAUCCUUGUGAAAUUUUUAUUUUAUCUUCAAAUGUUCAGUAAUCAACAUAAAAAGAUAAUGCUGAUUACUUACUUGAAAGAAAAAUAAUUUUAUAUAUAUAUAUAUGUGUGUGUGUGUGUGCGUGCGUGCGUGCGUGUUUGUGUUUCAUAGUUACAAAAUAUACUUAUGGUUUAAAUGGUAA